GCACCCAGACCUGAGGCAGAGCCCCUGGAACCGGGACACCUCCAGGGAUCGAUGACAUUUGCUCUCACCUGAGAAUUAUCAGCUUCCAAUCAGUACCUUGGUACUUGUCUCUGAGAUGGCCACGAAUGCUACGUCUUCUGCAGCAUCCUUCUCUGUAGGUGUCAGAUUCGUGUCUCUGUUGGCUAUUGUCCUGUUGUCAGUGGCGCUGGCGGUGGGGCUCCCUGGCAACAGCUUCGUGGUAUGGAGCAUUCUGAGAAGGAUGCGCAAGCUCUCUGUCACGGCCUUGCUCGUGCUGAACCUAGCACUGGCUGACCUGGCCGUAUUGCUCACGGCUCCUUUUUUCCUGCAUUCCUUGACCCAUGGCUCCUGGAGGUUCAAAUUGGCUGGCUGCCUCCUGUGCCACUACGUCUGUGGAGUCAGCAUGUAUGCCAGCGUCCUGCUGAUCACCGCCAUGAGUCUGGACCGCUCGCUGGCAGUCGCCCGUCCCUUUGUGUCCCAGAAGGUGCGCACCAAGGCGGUUGUCCGGUGGGUGCUGGCGGGGAUCUGGCUGGUGUCCUUUUUGCUGGCCACACCGGUCCUCAGGUACCGCACAGUAAGCUUUGGAUUGAACAACAAGAGUCUGGCUUGCUUUCCCAAGUACCCCAGCCAUGGGCACAGAGCCUUCCACCUGCUCUUCGAGGCCUUCACCGGCUUCCUGCUGCCCUUCGUGGCGGUGGUGGCCAGUUACUCCGACAUCGGGCGCAGGCUGCAGGCGCGGCGCUUCCGCCGCAGUCGCCGAACUGGCCGUCUGGUGGUGCUCAUCAUCGUGGCCUUCGCCGCUUUCUGGCUGCCCUAUCACAUGGUGAACCUGGCCGAGGCGGGCCGCGCGCUGGCCGGCCUGGGUCCGAGGUCCGGGCCGGUGGGGAUGCGGCUGACGCUGGCCCGCAACGUGCUCAUCGCGCUGGCCUUCCUGAGCAGCAGCGUGAACCCGGUGCUGUAUGCAUGUGCCGGCGGCGGCCUGCUGCGCUCCGCUGGGGUGGGCUUCGUCGCCAAGCUGCUGGAGGGCACCGGCUCCGAGAUCUACAGCACUCGCCGUGGGGGAUCCCUGGCCCAGACUGUGAAGAGCACCCCUGUCCCUCCAGAGCCGGACACCACCGAGAGCCUCACGGCGUCCUCCAACUCCCUGAAGAAAAACCAACUGAUCUAGACCAGGUGGAAGGAUGCGCGUUCUCCUCCUCCGGGCAAGGCCCCACGCUUGCCUGACCCAAUUCUGCACCCAGAAGAGGAGGAGAACCUGCAGUGUGGGGAGAUGUGGGGGACAGGGUGGAGCCAAAGCAGAGGAAGGGCUGGGCGAGUCAGCACAUUGCGAGAGCAUGGUCAGGCCUUGUUCCUGGGGUAGCUUUGCAAUUAA